AUGCCGAAAGGGGUGGCGACGUUGUUUCAUCCGGACAACCCCAGGUUGGAGUCAGGGGACGUGUUUUUCCCAAUGCAGACCCUCGGGGUGGACGCAACGACCGGAAAACGCAUCUACUCCAUCAAGGUGGAGUCCGCUGAUCUCUGGCACCGGCGCAUGGGUCACAUCAACGGUAAGAACUUGGACGUUCUAAGGAAAGAACAGGUCAACGGCGUCGACUACACCGGAGACGUGAAGUACUGUAGUGUCUGCCCGCUCGGAAAGAGCGCACAACAACCUCACCCAAAGCAGGCCACCUACGGCGUCCUGCGCCCCUUCCAGCACGACACCCUUGGCCCCUUCGCACCUACGGCGUUGGGCGGAUCCAAGUACGCCACCAAGUUUGUGGACCAGCAGACCAAGUGGGCGGAGAUAGUUCUCAUGAAGGACGAGACCUGUUCUGUAGACUCCCUCGCGUUGUUCAAUAAAGGGACCGUGGUUCCUACCGGAGAACGCAUUCAUUGCCUCCGUGGGGAUCAGGGCACAGAAUUCACGAGUGCGGAAUUCCGUCAGUACUGUCAAGACAUCGGCAUCAAGCUGGAGUUCGCCUCUCCGAACAUCCCUCAGCAGAUCGGAGCCAACGAGCGUGCGGGUCGGACGAUUUUGAAUGUCGUGCGCUGUCUGCUCGCUGACUCAACUCUACCGAACUUCCUUUGGGGGGAGCUGAUCCAGACGGCAGUCUACCUGAGCAACCGGGUUCCUCAUGCAGCCCUGCAAAACGGGACGCCGUACAAGGCGCUCUACGGCAAGGAUGCCUACCUUGGUCACCUUCGGGUGAUAGGGUCAAGGGCGUUCGUGCACGAAGAAACCCACACCAGGAAGCUGGAGCACCGUGCUUGGGAAGGACGCCUUGUCGGAUACAGCAUGGACAGCAAGUCGUAUCGGAUCUACAACUCUGAGACGCGACGUGUACGGGUGAGUCGAAAUGUUGUCUUCAUUGAGACACCUCCCGUUGCGCCUGCGUUGGAUGAGUUUGGCUUCGACGACAGGGAGUUCACGUACGACACCCACGACGACAUGGUAAGAGACGUGCGAAACUACACUUUCAACCACUCAAUUGAUUCGCUUCCUCCUGAUCAUGACGUCGGGGACAUACCUGUGAUUGAGCUUCUCGAACAAAUCCAUGAGACAACCAACCGUGACCUUGGGGUUAGUUCUGCAGGAACUCCUCCCACCGACGACGCGCCUAGGACUUCUGGUGAGACCAUCCGCGAACUCCGUCGUAUCUCCUACGCAUUUACCGCGAAAGGGGAGUUCCCUGACGUCGCUCAUAGGGACGGUUCCUUUGGUUUCACGGAACACGCGUACGCUAUGGGGGCAUCCCAGCCGGAUGUUCCACGUACGAUUGAAGAGGCAAGGGCCAUGCCGGACGGAGAACAGUGGAACGCAGCUGCAGAGCGCGAGAUUGCGAGUCUCAAGGAACGUCAAGUUUACAAGCUUGUCCCGCGCACGGCAGUUCCCCCAGGGAGGAAGCGGAUAAAGUCCAAAUGGGUGUUCAAGCGUAAGGCAGGCGGCUCCUUCAAGGGGCGUCUAGUGGCGCAAGGCUGGAACCAAGUGCCUGGACUGGACUGCGGCAAUACCUACGCUCCUGUGUGCAGGUUCCAGAGCAUUCGGAUGUUAGCGUGCAUAGCCGUGCAGUUCAACCUGGAGUUGGAUCAAAUGGACGUGUCCACAGCCUUCCUCUACGCUGACAUCCUCGAGAACGUGUUCGUCGAACAGCCACCUGGCUUCGAGGUCAAGGACAAGGAUGGAGGUGAUCUAGUGAUGCAGCUACAGAAGAGCCUCUACGGGCUGGCCCAAAGCCCCAGCAACUGGUUCCACACCAUCGACCCUUUCCUUGUUGAGAUAGGUUUCGUUCCGCUCAAGUCUGACACUUGCGUCUAUCUGUACGACCACGACGAUGUUCAAGUCUACCUGACGCUCUACGUUGACGAUCUCCUUCUAGCCGGUAACAACUCCAGGGCCAUCUCGAUGAUCAAAAAGAAGUUGACACAAAGGUUCAAGAUGACAGACAUGGGAGAGGUGAAGCUUGUCUUGGGCAUGGAAAUAAAGAGGGACCGCAACCAAGGUACCCUGACGAUUUCCCAGGAAGCGUACAGCAAGUCCAUCUUAGAGAGAUUCGGGAUGUCGGAAUGCAAACCGACCAGCACGCCUGGUUAUGGUUCGGAGCUCUCCAACAAGCAACCAGAGGACACUCUGCUAAGCGAGGAGGAAACCAGACGUUAUCAGGGCAUCGUGGGGUGCCUGAUUUACAUCGCUCAAGUGCUCCGCUACGACAUCAUGUACGCUACGGGCCAACUGACCCGCCCAAUGGCGAAACCCAGCAAGAUCCACAUGGUGGCAGCUAAACACACUCUUCGCUAUGUGGCCGGAACAACAGAUUUUAGAAUCACAUAUGGUCCGUUCGGGCAAAUAUUCAAAAUAUUUUCCCCUGCACAAAGGUGCACUUUUCUCGGGGUGGGGGUACUUAUUCCGAAAUCUGAAAAUACCGCGUAA